AUGUUCGGAAGUACUCCCAUACACAGCCGGUUGAAGGGAGGAAGUUCCAGCGGUGGCGGGUUUGGCAGGCCAGCGAAUCAGCCUGCUCGGCCGCUGACUGACGGGUUUAAUGGUCCAAGCGCAGCUGCUGUAGACGGGAACAGCCAGUUUGAUCGUGUUCAGAGUAACGAAGGAGCUGACUCUUUUUUGUCGCCUGUUAAGAGACUGAAUCCAAUGGAUAUUAGAGAGUUGGAGGACGAGUAUGAAGAUAUUGUUGAUGGCAGUGUUUACUCGAUCCCGCCGCCUCAAACUUUGUCGGGCUUGAAUGGAAAUGGGGUAACUGCAGAAGAUACACCCAGUAGACUGUCAGAAGUAUCUCCUUCGUUCAGAUACGAUUUUUCUGGACAGAACCAGCAGGACCAGCAGAACCAACAGAACCAGCAGGCUCAAGAACGUGAGGAAGAACCGUUUUAUUUGUCUCAGAGGGAGUCUGAAGGAUAUGAAGAGCCUCCAACGCAGCAGCCUCAUCAACAUCCUCAACCACCUGGUUCUCGACAACGCCGUUCAAGAUUUAAUUUCAACUCGCUGGAGACUAUUCCUGACGCUUCGCCAAUUGGUGCUCAAUGGGGAUUGACUCCUAUAAAACUGCCGCAAAACACAAUUCAGAUGCCGUAUCGUGAGGAGGGGGAUGUUAUGGAGUCUGUGGACACGGCAUCAGGCUCGGAUCAAUCUGACAAUCAAAAACAUUCUGAAAUGGAUGAGGGCGAAUUGACUACUGUGCAAGAGAAUACUGGACUAUGGGGACGGAGAUCUAAGCCUCAACUUUGGGGUGAUGUGGACACUGAAAAAACGCAACAGCAACAACUGAUCAAACCAACUCCCCAAAAAGGACGAACAUUCAAGUCACCAAAGACAUCUCCUGGAAACUCCAGGAAAAUUAAUAGCUCUAUGAAUGGUAACAUGCGUACAAACCAGCUUAUUGCUAAUAUCAGCAAUCGAUCGUUUAAUGAUGAGGGUGAUUCAACUGAGAUUGACGACAAUGACGAGGGUGGGCUGUCAGCAGAGACGAUUAUUUAUGCAGUCAAGUCGGUAUUGAAGCCUAUUCACAGAUCGGUAGUGAUAAUAUUCAACACUAUUUGGAUUUCGCUUAGAGACUUGAUAACUCCUGGCCUGGUACAGGUUGUGCUUGCGGUUGCUGUGCUGGCUAUUGCUCUAUAUGGCGGGGUCUACGUAGUAUCCAAAUCUGGUUUCUCGUUUCAACCAUCUCAGUCUCCGUCUGAUCCGUUUGUGGCACCUGUCGGCCCUCCAAUUGAUUUGGAACAGUGGUCGAGUCGUCUUAUGUCUAUCGAAUCGAAACUAUCGCAUGAUUCUAGCCAUUAUUCAUCGCUUGAAGCUUGGCUCAAAGACGGUUUUGAAAAAUUGCAGAGCAGUUUUGGAGAUUUGGAAUCCCAGUAUCAUCAGGAGCUCAAAUCUAUAUCGCAGACUCUGGCCCAAAUCGGCUCGCAAGUCAGUGACCAGGAUGACUGGUCGCAGAAAGCUGAUAAGGUUCUGCAAGAGGAUCGUAAAUUACUAUACAGAUUACAGCAGAUAAUUAGUGCUCAGGCUGAGGACUUUACGAAUGUCUAUAGAGCAUUGGAUGAACAGAAAACGAGUAUUUCUGAGGUCGCUUCUUCGUUAGAAAAUAUCAAGGAUAUUACUAACAGUAAUAACGAGAUUGAUCUUGAUAAGUUUGUUUCAUGGGAUGGAUUAGAAAGAAAGCUGGCUACGGGUAUUAAUCAGUUACAAGAAGACUUUUCUAGACAGAUUGAUCAAGUCAGCGGGAAAAUUAACGGCAUUGUCAGUGAAGUUUUAGAAAAGCAGCGUGCUGACUUUGACUCCAGUGCGACGCUGGAUCAGUUUAAAUCAGCGUUGUCUUAUUUCGAAGAAAUUUUAAACAACCAGCAUGAUAAGUUGACAGAACAACUGUCUAAAGUUGAAACAGAUGUUCGAGACGUGUACCAAUCAGUUGACUCUCGGUUGCGAGAACAAAAGGUGCAAAUGGACCAGGACCUGAGUUACCGGCUGGCUAAUUAUAAACAAGCAAACCGUCCCGCCCGUAAAUUUGACAAACCGAAUUUCGCAGAUCGAAACAUUGGCGCCAAAAUUAAUAAACUCGUCACCUCGCCAAGUUUCAAUCCAUUGGACUAUGCCCCUUUUUUCUACCGAAACUAUCGCAUUUUCCUGGGAUUCUUUGGAAUUGGUAAAUAUAUAGUUCACAGCAGUGACAAUGUUCUCACGCCCACCAUGGAGCCUGGCAAGUGUUGGCCAAUUAAAGGCUCACGAGCUAACUUGGGAAUCUCGCUGCCCACGGAUGUUGAAUUGGACUCGGUUGGAGUAGAACAUAUUUUCCACAAAUCGGCUAUUGACCCCAGCACUGCACCCAGAUUGGUGUCGUUUUGGGUCGAGAUUCCUGAUCCUGCUAAGAGACAAGAGCUCGAGCAGCUCCUUGGACAUUCUCCGCAGAAAAAUGUGGGCUUGCCAUCAUCAUAUGUUGAGGUCGUUUCGUUCGAAUACAAUGUUUUUGCAGAUGAACCUCUGCAAGUAUUCGAGCUACCUCUUGCGGUUCGACACCAAAAAUUAAGGGCUAAGAAUGUGGCCUUCCACUUUGAGGAAAAUUGGGGACACCCAGCAGCCAGUUGUAUCUACCGGUUGUUGGCAUUUGGUAACCCGUCCAGGGCCUCUGCUGAAAUUGGCCAGGACCAGACACCCGGAACCCAGCCAAAGGCACUCGAAACGUCGUAUGAGCAACAAGAAGUUGGCGACGAGGCCGGAUUUGGUGAUGAUGAUGCUCUUGCUUGA